CCCUCCCGAUAAAAUGAGUCUAGUCUGGUAAAAGUGAAGGAGUCUAGAAGCAGAAGUCAUUUUCCAUCACACUGCCCCUGAUGCAACAUGGAGGAUUUACCUGUCAACGGUGGCGUUACCAUCCUUCACACAUCCAUCGGGAAUGGGAAACAUCACUAUGAAGUCGAGACUUUUCUAAAGGAUCAAAAAGCCAAGAACGGAUUUUGUAUGAGAAGAGGAGAUACGCUUCUGAAGAUUAAUGGCUUGGAUUUGCAAGAUUUAUCUCCAGAGAUGUUUGCAGAGAAGUUGUCAGAAGCCAGUCCUAUGCUGACAGUACACCAAUCCAGCCCUGAACAUCCUGUGGACAUUCAGUGUAAACCAGGUGACCUCUCUCCAUUCAAAAAAGAGGACACUGUCCUCAGCUUCUGUUUAAACAUGUCCAGAGAUGAAGAGUGUCAUGGAGGUGAAGAGGUCGAGGUGUAUGAUGACGGUGACCAGGAUGAUGGUUUCCUGCUGCUUGUGGAGAUGCUUGACACCAGCAUGUCUGUAGUGAGGGGGCGUGGCUGUGAGCAUGGCAAGACCUGCAAGGACUGUGGUGGCACCGACUGCAACUUAGAUGAAGUGGUGAUGAUGUCCAAAAAGGUCUCCCUAGUGUCUAAGGAAAUUCCUGAUUUUCUACAUGAUAAAGUUCAAGAGAACAUGGCCUUGGAGAGUCUGAUGACUCACAUGUUUGUCAAUCCUUCAGGGAAUCAGACAACAUUAAAACCAAAAUUGGCAAAAAUUACAAUCUACUACUACCAGUCGGACCAUGUGGAUGGUAGAUUUAAAGGGGUACCUGUUGUCCUGAACUUCUCCGGGACUGACAAGUUCCUUCGCUGCUGCAGACAUCCAGACUGUCAGGAGGCGACAGUAAGUGUCAUGCCAUACGAAAAGAGCAAAUUGAAAUGCAUCUCAAAGGAAGACGACGAGAGCUUUCCCUUUGUCUUCUACAUGAAAGAAGAGCAGUCCAAGGAGCGCAUUUUUGAGUCUGCACACUGUGAGAAUUGGUUCAUUCACUCCACUGAGAACCGCUUAAUGUUAAAACCUCAAAAACAACUAGAUGACUCCUUCUACUUUCUCAUCCGUGGUAAGGCAUGCUGAUUUGGGAUCUAUUGUUUGACUGAUGAAAGUCAAAACACAAAAAAGCAUACUGUUCUGUCACAAUUUAUACAACUGUUUAUCUGUAACUGCCAUUGCAGUAGUGAGUAGUAUAUAUACAGUAUAAAGCUAUAAUAUCAAUUUCAUGUCCUUAUUGUUUUAUGGAAAGGAGGGUAGUAUAAACCCCACUAGGGGUUAGAUCCAAUUGUUAGCCUGUUUUACCCCUUCUGAGGUGUCCCACAUAAAUACAUGUCUGAAAAAUAUGAUCCCUCCUAAGGUCUGGGGUACAUUUGUACAGUCACUUGUAAAAGUGCUCAACCCCCUUGAAAGCGAUCACCAUUUUCUGGAUAAAAAUCGUACUUGCAUAUUAUAUGUUUUCAGUAGGUUAUCAACAUUCCACACUGCUGAUGUUCUUACGUCUAGCAUCUGUCUCUGGUUCUUUCCCUGUGUUCUUCCACACAAAGGUAGACUAGUAGUAGUUUAGACUACUUUCAAUGUGUAACUGAAUUAGUAACCUGCACCUGACAAAUAAAUUGUGAUCAUAGUAUUAACAAGACAAGUAUUACUCGUUAAAGUUGUUGCCGCAAUAGAUGACUAAGAUUAGUUUCAAACCAAAAAGCAGUGAUAGAAGUCUUGAGGUACCUGGCUAAUCACCUGGGUUGGACACACUGCAGCAGAACUGUUAUAAUGUAUUUUACAGCGGUGUAUUGCCGUCCAGCCUCUGCACUGGACCGAAUGGUUAUACUGAGAUCGUACAGCAACCUGGCACUCGGUCCCUGAACCGAUAGGGUCAUACCCUAACCCAGGCCAUAUAAUGAGCAAGAAUGAAGUGAAAACAGAAGAUCUUUUCCAUUCCAAGAAAAGUGUUUAAUUUAAGGAACUGUAGUUUGUGGAUAAGGCAGAUGUACCUUGAGAGGGUGUAAAGCAGUAGCUGUGAGUUAUGUUCUGUGAUUGUGUGACCUGUCUAGUGAAUAUUAGGCAUUAGUGUGAAUUUAUAACAUAUUGGGUGAAAUUUGAGCAUUUUAUGAAAUGUACAGUUCAUGUUUACAUAAGGAAUGAUAUGAUCUUCUUUGCAUGAAUUGACUUGCCAUUUACUUACAAAGUUUUGAGAAAUAUGCAUGUAUACAUUAAUACAUGUAUAAAAUGUAGAAUUAUUAGUUGAAGGCAAGAACCUGCUUGAAAACAAUAUUAUAUGUCGAGUAUUGACAUUUAUAACAGGACAGGGUAUAUUCGAUAUCAUAAUAAUAAUCUUAAAUAUAGCUGCAAGCAGCAAUCUUCGGGGUCCAAGUAGAACUUGGAACCUUUACAUCCCAGGCAUGUAUUGACUGCUGAAUUGUGACUGCCCGUUGGCGACCAUUUUGUUGACUAAGCCAAAUGGAACUUCAAGAGAUAUGAGCAAAUAUAGCCAAGUAUAAGCAUACAAAAAUGUCAACCUUUACGUCACAAGAUACUGGCUAGUGAAGUGCUAUAUUUGUAUAUUGAACAUUAUUCACUAGGUGGCACUACUCCACAAAUCCGUUGUAAUGAGCUAGGGUCAUGCGCCUCCUAGAGGCCAACUUGCCAUAUAAAUGUAAUACAUUUUAGCGAAACAGCUAUGGAGCUAUUGCCCAAAAAGUGCUUUAGGCCUACCCCACUUUAGUUUCAUGUGGGUUGAUGACGGCUAAGUAGACUUUUAUGUAACCAGGUGUUGAAACAAUUUAACAUAAAAGUAAGGUGGCAAGAUAGCUGGUUUCUUUUGAUUUUGAAAGUGUUGAAAUGAUCAUAAAAAUGUUGGCUAUGACCCCCAGAUGCCUUAUUGUGACCGCUGCAGCGCUAGAGCUGGAGGUCAUAUAGUGUUUGGUAAAUUUUUUUAUGGUUGUGGUCGGUGAUAUCAUAUACUUAGACUUGACCAAUCCACAUGAAACUUGUUAUGUGUCGAGCCCCACAUAGCUUAAACGAAAUAUAAGGUAUGUAUCCCUAGGUGGGUGUGUUAAUUGGAAACCGUUUAGCAAAAAAUUAUGACGUUUUUAAGGUAAGUAAAUUACACAACGCAUGCCUUUAAGCACAUCUUUUUUCUCAUAUUUCUUACUGUAUGUGUGUCCUUGACUUCUCCGUCCUCUAUGCAUCCCUUCCUCGUUUCUGUCAUGUUUAUCAAAUGGGGGGUGGGGGGACGCGUGGGGUGUGUUGACGUUCAAUGAAAGGAAGGAAGGGAGGUAAAGGUUUUAUGUACCCUUUGUCUCACCCUACUCACGCUCUACCGCUUUCCUGCUAGCUAGCUAGCUAGCCUCCGUCCAUCUCUCCCUACGUAUCCUUACUGUUUCCAGAAAUGUAUUCAUUCAAAAUGACACACUUUUCUUGAAAUGGAUCUUUUUAUUUUACUCAAUUCUUGUUCAUUCUCUCAUUUUAUGCGGUUGUCCUAUUACGCAUCGCUAUCUGGUCCAUAUAUCCAGAAAGGGAACAUUUCUUAACCAAUCAGAGGUAGUACCUCAUUAAGUCUAGUUACGGUCAAACUGACACUUCUGUAUCAUUUCUGGAUUUGUCGUCUGUGUAAAAUUGGAACUCAAAACAGACAGGGAUUUGUAUAUUUAUGCAAGCAGUAUAUUUUGGUUUUCUAUUUAUUUAUUUGUAAUGGUGCUAGACAAACAUGCAUUUGAAAUGGUAUAUAAAUGGUAUAUACAAUAUUAUAUAGUAUAUAUAAAUAGUAAGAGUAUACAUGAUCAGGAUACAAAUAUUGUGUAAGUAUCUUUUGUAAUCCAGAAAACGGUGAUGAUUUUCAAGGGGAUUAAAUAUGUUUGCAAUGCACUGUAUCUGACUGUCCACUCCAAUGUUCUCAAAUAGCUGUAAUUGCUUUUAAAAUGUCUAAUUAUUAUUACUAAUUAGUAAAUGACUAAUUCUAUGGUUUGGGCUAAAGUCCUCAGUGUGUGUAUUAUGAACAAAUAAACAAUGUCACCAUUUGAUGCAUCUUUUUGAUUUUCAACAUCUGUAAUGAUUUAAAAAAUCCUAAAACCUAAAGUUAUUUUAAUUUUCAUUAUUGUGUUCAUUAUUAUAGUGUACUGUAACCUAAACCCAUUCAUUAUCUUUUUAUAUAUUAUAUGUUUUGUCUAACAUGUUUUAUCAGUACACAUUAAGCGCAAUUUAAACAACUGUUUUAAACAAAAGUGUCUUACCUUUCUGCCUUCAUCUGAACUUGUUUGCAAUAAACCGAUAAUAAACAUA